UUAGUCACAGUUUCAUUAUGGAUUUAUAGGGAGUUUAAUAUAAACUGAGGCUUAUGAUACUUUCAUCGUGAAAACUUUUUAAAUGUGCUACUCCUAACAUGUGUUAUAAUGUGUCUCUUUUUUAAUAAUACUUUUUGGAACAGAUCUUUUUUUUAUUUUUUAUUCCUAUAUACUUAGGGUGUUUUUUGCACAUGAAUUGUACGUAAAUAUGUGUAUAUCCUGUAAAUACAGAUAAAAUAAAUCUACAUAUAUUAUUUACACGGAUAUUAUUGUGUAGCAAUUGAAGAUUUUUUUAUUGAGGAAAAAAUCCGUAAACUGUAUAGUAAGAUGUGACAUUUAUCGUGCAACUUCUAAAAUAUGUCAAAAAUACACAUUUUGUUAGGACUCGAGACAAAUUUUGCAAGAUGUAACAGACGUUGUGUAAUAAUACCGCUAGACUACAGUUUGUAGGACGCAUCUGUUUUAUUAAAUUAACACCAUAUUACAUGCGAACGUGCGAGAUGGUGUUGUCAUCGGUAAAAGUUUUCAUUUAUAACGGCGGAGUCAGCUGAAAUCUGUACAGUUAGCAGCUGAUUUCAGUAGUCUACACCGACUUCGAGAUAUUCUACACUUUUUCAAAAUGAACAAGAUCAUGAUCGUUGCCCUUGCCAUGUUCGCCAUGGUGGCUGCCGCACCGCAAGACGCGCCUGCCGAUAACCCUGUCUACAUCCUGAAGCACGACUCAGAAAUCACCCCUGAAGGAUACUCGUUCGAUUUUGAGACUAGCGACGGUACAUCUCGCCAGGAGAAGGGAACUCUGAAACAGCUGAGCGAAGACCACCAAGCUCUUGAAGUGACCGGCAGCUACAAGUACGUUGGUACCGAUGGCCUGACCUACGCCGUCACCUUCGUCGCCGAUGAGCACGGCUUCCAACCCCAAGAGCACGUUGAACACCAACAGUAAUCAAUAACAUUUGACAAACAAUUCGACGCCAAAUAAGUCAAUGUUUGAAGUUUGUCACUUGGAUAUUUGAUCCAAUAUUUGUCUAGACUCGGAUAGUCUAGACAAAUAUUGGAUCAAAUAUUUGAAGUCUGUUGCACAAUAUCCAAAUUCCAGUAUGUGUAGGUUUUACUACAUUCACUGUUUAUUCACUGUUCUGUUUUUUGUCUUGUAUAUUUUUCUACUGCUUUGUUAUGAAUUUUUGUAAUAAAAUGUUAUUAUGAAA